ACAGGUGCCCCUCCAGCCUUGCUGCCCAGAGCUGGCCCGGGGGCGUGCCAGGGCCCCCCGAGCCUGGGGAUGACUACAGCUAGCCAGGCCAACCCCUACAGCAUUGUGUCAUCUGAGGAGGACGGUCUGCACCUGGUCACCAUGUCAGGUGCUAACGGCUUCGGCAAUGGGAAGGUGCACACACGGCGCCGGGGCCGCCCCCGCUUUGUCAAGAAGAGCGGUCAGUGCAACAUCGAGUUUGCCAACAUGGAUGAGAAGUCACAGCGCUACCUGGCUGACAUGUUCACCACCUGCGUGGACAUCCGCUGGCGAUACAUGCUGCUCAUCUUCUCACUGGCCUUCCUCGCCUCCUGGCUGCUGUUCGGCAUCAUCUUCUGGGUAAUAGCCGUGGCGCACGGCGACCUGGAGCCAGCGGUGGCCGAGGGCCGUGGGCGCACCCCCUGUGUGCUGCAGGUGCACGGCUUCAUGGCAGCUUUCCUCUUCUCCAUCGAGACACAGACCACCAUUGGCUAUGGGCUGCGCUGCGUGACGGAGGAGUGUCCUGUGGCCGUCUUCAUGGUGGUGGCGCAGUCCAUUGUGGGCUGUGUUAUUGACUCCUUCAUGAUCGGUGCCAUCAUGGCCAAGAUGGCGCGGCCCAAGAAGCGGGCACAGACACUGCUGUUCAGCCGCCACGCCGUGGUGGCUCUGCGUGAUGGCAAGCUCUGCCUCAUGUGGCGCGUGGGCAACCUGCGCAAGAGCCACAUCGUGGAGGCCCACGUGCGGGCCCAGCUCAUCAAGCCACGGGUCACAGAGGAGGGCGAGUAUAUCCCGCUGGACCAGAUUGACAUUGACGUGGGCUUCGACAAGGGCCUUGACCGCAUCUUCCUGGUCUCACCUAUCACCAUCCUGCAUGAGAUCGACGAGACCAGCCCACUAUUUGGCCUCAGCCGGCAAGACCUAGAGACAGAUGACUUUGAGAUCGUGGUCAUCCUGGAGGGCAUGGUGGAGGCCACGGCCAUGACCACGCAGGCCCGCAGCUCCUACCUGGCCAGUGAGAUCCUAUGGGGCCACCGCUUUGAGCCGGUGCUCUUUGAGGAGAAGAACCAGUAUAAGAUCGACUACGCGCACUUCCACAAGACCUAUGAGGUGCCCUCCACGCCCCGCUGCAGCGCCAAGGACCUGGUGGAGAACAAGUUCCUACUGCCCAGUGCUGGCUCCUUUUGCUACGAGAAUGAGCUGGCCUUCCUGAGCCGCGAUGAGGAGGAUGAGGAGGGUGAUCAGGAUGCCUGCAGCCAGGAUGGCCUCAGUCCCCAGAACAGGCAUGAGUUUGACAGGCUACAGGCAGGUGGGGGCAGCAGCCUUGAGCAGCGGCCCUACAGACGGGAGUCGGAGAUCUGAGCUGACCUCUGCCAAGGUCCAAUGCCUGCCUGCCAGGGGUAGGCCCAGUGCCCCAUGAGGGUCUGGGUUUGAGCAGAAGUGCCGGGCGCCCACAUUACAGACUCAGUAGUGUAUUAGUCGUUUUUGAUUUCUCUGCAGUCUCCUGGGAGGUUGGU